AUGCUUUCUGCUCCUAUUGAUCCAACCAAUCUUGAAAUUCCCAAAAAUCUGGUACUAGCUGAUCCAGAAUUUUACAAACCAUCUGAGGUCGAUGCACUCAUAGGCGUCAAUCUCUUUUAUAAGCUUCUCAGCGUUGGGCAAAUUAAACUCCAAAGUCAUCCUGACGCUAUUCUUCAAAAAACCCAACUAGGUUGGGUAGUUGCUGGAAAAUUAUCUCAGUCAUUUAAAAAACCUCAUCUAUCUUGCCACCUUGCUCUGAAUAAUCAGGCUUCAGAGUUCAAUCUCACUAGAUUCUGGCAAAUGGAAGAGCUUCCAGCGACGAAACACUUAUCACAAGAAGAAAUGCUGUGUGAGGAGCAUUACCAACGUCAUACUAAACGGGACUCGACAGGGCGAUAUAUCGUUCGCUUACCGUUUAAUAAUAAUAAAGAUCGGCUCGGUGACUCAUAUUCCACAGCGUUGAGGCGCUUUCAAUCGCUGGAAAAACGUCUGAUCAAAGACAGCUCGAUUUGCAAUGAUUACGUCGCUUUUCUCCGGGAGUACUUGGAUUUGAAACACAUGUCUCUUGUAGAUAACUCAAACGAGAACUCCAUCGGGUUCUAUCUUCCUCACCAUGCUGUUAUAAAACAAGACAGCGUUACGACUAAAACUCGUGUCGUGUUCGACGGUUCUUCUAAAACGUCCACUGGAAUCUCACUUAAUGAGACUUUGAUGGUCGGUGCUAAACUGCAAGAGGAUCUCUUUACUAUCCUCGUUCGCCAUCGGUCUCAUUUAUUUGUGCUCACUGCCGAUAUUGAGAAAAUGUAUCGGCAAGUUUUGGUGCAUCCGGAAGAUGCGCAAUUUCAAAAGAUAUUGUUUCGUGAUAGCCCCGCAGGGCCCAUAUUAACAUAUACAUUGAACACUGUUACAUAUGGCACUGCCUCUGCUUCUUAUCUGGCCAUUCGAACGCUACAGCAACUCGCUGAUGACGAAGGUCAGUCCUACCCUCUUGCGGCUAUAGCCUUAAAACGUGAUUUCUACGUUGAUGAUGUCCUCACCGGCGCAGACACGCAUGAUAAAGCCCUGGCUAUACGAGAUGAGCUUGACAAAUUGACUCGUAAAGGCGGCUUCUAUCUGAGAAAAUGGGCAUCAAAUGAUCCCACUCUCAUCAAUAAUUGCGACCAGCAUCCAAAUGUCACCAAUAUGUCGUUAGAUCCAGAUGCUGGCAUUAAAAUUCUAGGUAUACAUUGGAAUGCUAGGGAAGAUAGCAUAUUUUACAGUGUAAAUACAACCAAAACCAAAGCAAUUACUAAGCGAUCUAUUUUAUCUAAAAUAGCUCAAUUAUUCGAUCCUCUUGGAUUACUUGGACCUGUAAUUUUAUAUUCUAAACUUAUCAUACAAUUGCUAUGGAAGGCUGGUAUUGAUUGGGACGAAUCCGUUCCUCUUGAUGUGCACACCUUAUGGGUCACUUAUAUAGAGCAACUUCUAUUAAUUGAAUCGGUGCGAUUCAACAGAUGUAUUACCAUAGCUGGCGCUAAUAAUAUUCAGCUACAUGGUUACUGCGAUGCCAGCGAAAAGGCCUACGGGGCUUGCUUGUAUCUUCGUUCAAUUUCUUCAGAUAGGAAUGUGUACACGCAACUAAUCUGCUCUAAGUCUCGUGUAGCACCAGUCAGCUCUAUCUGGUUGCCACGUUUGGAGCUUUGCGGAGCUCUUCUGCUUGCCAGGCUUUACCAAACAGUCCGGCAAGCUCUUGAUGAUAAACAUCAACGAUUGUUUUCUUUGGUCUGA